AUGACUGACAAAACUCUGUUGGGUGCUCCUCCCGAUUUCUUCCGUGCGCUUCAAGGUCUCGAUGUCCAGAGCACAGAGGAAUCGACCGAUCCCGACGGUGACAGUGGGCGCGAGGCUCAUUACAGAACGUAUAUGGCUUCUGCGUUCAUAUACGCGUGUGUAGACCAAGAUUCCAGCAACUGGAGCGAUUACCUUCAAUCCACGAUAGCAGAACAGAGCACGAUUAUCACUGACACCUCCGAUGCGCCGCGCAUAUCCAUAUGCGAGGACGACGAGUGCGACAAUCGCCUGCAAGAGGCUGUCUGCGAGGCGCUCCCUGGCCUAUCCAAUCCCUGCAUUCGUCCUUCGGACCAGCUCGUUGCCAAUACGGACGUCUGGCGCUGCCCUGUUGAGCGAUGUCGCGAGAGCGUUCGGCCGUUCAAUCUCACCAAUGCGCAGUGUGACGUCGUCGUGGCUUUGGCCGGCGAUUUCGAUAGCAUGAUGAUUCGCGGGGACAGUGGUAGGGUUCGCCUUCGCCGACAGGAUCCUUGGGCAUUCCUCCGCUAUGUCGACGCGGUGGCCUGGGAGCACAUUUCCUGGCAUCUCCAUCGUGCCCACAUUACCUUCUAUUACCCGCAUCCUCACAUGCCAUACAAGGAACGCCCCGGCUGGUGGUGGGACGAGUCGCUGUUGGCUCGCGAUCAACCGCUUCUUCAAGAUCUUAAGGCCAUUGAGGCUACGAACCGCCAGAACAGACGCCAAUGGCUGGUCACUAAAGCGAUCAGCUCUGCUCAACGUAAAAUCGAACGGGCGCGGGCACGACUUACGCGCUGGCGUUACGACGCAUUGCGUGCACGCCGGGAGUUGGUGUCGGCCAUGUUCGAGAUCAAUCGUGACGUGGUUGACGUGAGCCUCUCCUUAUUAGCCCUUGUGCGCCAGCAGGCCACAGACCAUCAGAGAACUAUCUAUACAUGGGAGAUUGCGCACUAUCGAGGAGUUGAAGCAGAGUGGACAGAAGAACAGUUCAUGUGGGUCUGA